AAGUGGGCCCAUUCACCGGUUCUGAUCUGCACAAGCGCGCAAAAAGGAGGAGGAUGGAGGUGGAGAAACAAAGAGGGGACCCUUUAGUUUGGCGAGCAUCACUGACAAGCUGGUCGAUUAACUGUGAUGCCCCCCUCCACACCUCCUCUGCCGCCCCCACACAGCGGGACUGGACAUCCAUGUGGGCUCUGAUCGCCGUGACACAUCACCGCCUCUGAACCAGCCCCUCGGGUUCGGGGCUCGCCCCUCCUGUCCAGCACCAAUCUGAGCCGGGUAGAAAGAGGGGGCGGGAAGGUUAGUUUGAAGAGGGCAGCGCUUUUGCGGGAGCACGCUAAUUACCCAAAAUUUCCACCAAAACAAAACAGCAACACAAAGAUCCAGCGGAUAACAGCUGAGGGAGAAAUCAGAAGCUCAUUAACUCCUGGGAAGCCAAAGGCGGAAGCGAGAAGAAACAGUGGGGACGCAAGCAUCUCUGCUGCUGGAGCCUCCAGUCUGAACCAACAUGGCAGCUGUAAUCCGGAAAGCUAAAUCACAGGACCUGAGCUUGUGGGUCUUUCUCCUUCUCCUCAACCUUCUCCCUGAAUCCAGCAGGGCAGUGGUCGGCCACAAAGAGCCGCUGCCUGAUGACAGCAGAGACAACAUCACCAUUUUUACCCGAAUCCUCGACAGGCUGUUGGAUGGAUACGACAACAGGCUGCGUCCUGGACUGGGAGAAACUGUGACAGAAGUGAGGACCAACAUCUAUGUGACAAGUUUUGGUCCAGUGUCUGACACAGACAUGGUGAGUAUUUCUUAAGUGCUGCAGAGAAUAUAUAUUAAAGUUAUGAUUACAUUACAUAUUAUUAUUAUUAUUAUUAUUAUUAUUAUUAUUAUUACAGUUGCGAUUGUUUACAUCUUUAGUUUUGAUCAUUUUAUGUGCUGAAUUUUUAAUAUGUUGGUUGGACAACUGAAGCAGAGGCAGAUUAGGAAAUAGCUGAUGUCCAUGGCGGUUAACCCUGUUCAUGUCACUGUGCAGCAAAAACAGUAACUGCAGGGACAAUCCAACCACAGAGCAGUCUUUAUUAGCAGGAAUGAUGACUCUUUAUGACACGGUCUUACAUCACCUAAAGCAUAAAGCACUGAGAUGCUCUGAGUCAAAGUCCGCUCUGUUACUGCAGGAACUUUCUGAGCCCUUGAAUGACCUCUGUUAUACAGACGAUGCUGGACUUUGUCAUGGGACCUCGUUCAACAUUUGGCAUAUUUAAUCAUGCAGCUCUAAUUAACCACCUUGGGCUCUGUUUAUUUUUCUUUAGAUCAGCAUGAAGUUGACUUGACAGCUUGUAUCAUAUAGCAAGAUGAGCACGUUUUGGUCUCACUGGACAACUGCGUCCAAAUGGCUCAAUGCUUGAUUGUCUGAAGUGGCUUGUAUACCUGUUGUAGGACCCUUAGAAACCUCCUGGGACCAUCUUUGGUUGAAUAGUAGUGUUAGGAAAAUACACCAAUGGUUAGAAAUGUCUAGGAGUAUGACUCUAACUUGGGUUAAACCACCAAAUGCUUCCCAAGCGCAGCCACUGCUGCAGCUCACCGCUCCCUACGCGGAUGGGUCAAAUGUGAAGAUGAAUUUCACCAGUGUGUGAUGACUAAUGGGACUAAUGGGAUGGAGUUAAACAACAGAUGGCACAGAUCUGGCCUCUCUUUCAGUCUCAGUCAUCAUGAGCAUGAAUGUGAGAAUAAUUUUGAAUUUAGACUGAUUUUUUUACCUGGGUGAUGAGAUCACACAACAUACAAUUUCAUAGAUCAAAAAAAAAAAGUAGGUUAAAAUGUUUUAGCUUAUUGUGGGCUAUCCCUUUUCCACAAAAGCCAAACCUUCACCCCCACUUUUAUUUGGGUUCAGGGUGCUCUCUUUAACUCUUUUGGCAGAAUUGGUAGAAUAUAUCAAAUAGGUUUGUUUUCUGCACCAAUUCAUUUUUAAAUCAGUCUACAAAUUUUCAUCAGGGAUGAAGUUGGGACUUUGAGAAGAAGCUUGAUGUUAUUUUGUUUAAUCCAAUUAGAAACAAAUUCUGUUGAGUGUUUGGGGUCAUUUUUCUGUUCACACACCUGCAUUGGUUUAAAUUUGAACCACCUGGCUGAUUGUUUCAUGUGAAAUAGAAAGCCUUGAACAGAGCCCUCCUUCAGUAUCACUCCAUCCACUUUGUCCAACAGCAUGAUGCAACCACCACCGUGCUUGACAGUUGAUUCUGUGUUCUUAGCAUUCUCUAGAAACAGAUUCAGGAGAAAUCUUGAAAAUGUAGAUGUCAUAAGAAGGGCUAAUUCAAUGUAUUUUAUUUCAAGAAAAAUUGUGUCUUUGUCACCAUUUUGGAGUGAAAUUCUGGUAAGCCAGUCUUGCCUUUGUAGAAACACAAUAAUCUCAGCCAUCUCUGAGAGUGUUGGCUCACUUGCGUUAUUAUAAUAGUCAGUGCUUUAUCUUUUUCAGGACACAUCACCUUUGGGGUCUUUCAGAGCUCAGUUUUUAGCUCUAGACUUAUUCUUUUCACAUCCUCCACUUGGCAGGAACAUGAAUCAACAGAAAACAGCUUGGGGCAUGCACCGAAUUCCUCUAGUGGUAAUGUUCUGGGCAGUUAACAGAUAGCGAGGACAGUGCAGGUGUAUUCUGUCCACUGUCACAGGCAAAACACAUAAUGUGCAUAUACACACAAACACACACACAGUCAUUUUGCAA